CACAGGAGGCUGUGCACUGGUUGUGGACGAACUGGAUCCCAGCUUGCGCUUGCGUCACAACAGGAGAUGCACGAGAGGCGGGACCACGCUGAAUGGGUUCGUCUUCAAGUUUGAAAAAACAACCAUUCAAAUCCAAUAGAGGGGAAAGAAACUCCGAGUGACCAUCCUUUGCCCAGCUCACCCGCCUCCUAUCAUCCACCAGUGGCCCUGCGACGAGCAGCCCGCACAGAAAAGCGCAAAAUGGCCCCGAUCUCCAUCCAGACUGUGCUAAUCAGUGAAAGUGUUGACCCCCGCUGCAAGGCGAUCCUGGAAGAAAACGGCAUCCGAGUCACCGAGAAGCCCAGUAUGACGAAGGAGGAGUUAAUAGCUCAGAUUAAGAGCUACGACGGCCUCGUGGUCAGAUCCGCCACCAAGGUGACGGCCGAUGUCAUAAAUGCCGCUGACCGCCUCAAAAUCAUCGGGAGGGCUGGGACCGGCGUGGACAACGUAGACGUGCCUGCCGCCACCAGAAAGGGCGUCAUCGUCAUGAACACGCCCAGUGGGAACACCAUCAGUGCCGCCGAGCUGACCUGUGCCCUGCUGAUGAGCCUCUCAAGGCAAGACCAAAAUAUACCUCAAGCUGCAAUGUCGAUGAAGCAGGGGAAGUGGGAUCGUAAAAAGUUCAUGGGCGCCGAGCUGUUCGGCAAAGUCCUGGGAAUAGUCGGGCUCGGACGGAUAGGGAAAGAGGUUGCCACAAGAAUGCAGUCGUUCGGAAUGAGGACUAUUGGAUAUGAUCCGAUCACUCCACCUGAGGUGUCAGCUGGCUGGGGGGUGGAGCAGAUGUCCCUGGAGCAGCUCUGGCCCCAGUGUGACUACAUCACGGUGCACACCCCCCUCAUGCCCGCCACCGUCGGUCUGCUCAGCGAUGGAACGUUUGCCAAGUGCAAGAGGGGGGUGAAGGUGGUGAACUGUGCGAGGGGGGGCAUCGUUGAUGAGGCUGCUCUCCUCAGAGCUCUGGAGUCCGGGCAGUGUGGGGGAGCGGGACUUGAUGUCUUCGUUGAGGAACCACCCAGGGACCGCUCUUUGGUGGACCACCCCAACGUCAUCAGCUGCCCUCAUCUGGGGGCCAGCACAAAGGAGGCUCAGGCCCGCUGCGGGGAGGACAUCGCCCUGCAGAUUGUGGACAUGGUGAAGGGCAGGAACCUGGUUGGAGCCGUAAAUGCACAGGUUUUGGCCACCACCUUCUCCCAGGAGUCCCAACCGUUGAUCAAACUUGGAGAAGCUGUUGGAGCUCUGCUUAGAUCUUGCUGUGCUUCCAAGAAACCAUUCAGUCGUGUUCAGAUUACCACUCAAGGGGACUGCAUGAAGCCCUGCUCCGGUUACAUGACGUCCGCUGUACUGGUUGGACUUCUCGGCCAGGAGUCCGAGGGCUCCCCAAACCUCAUCAACGUUCUGAGUCUUGCCAAAGAGAGCGGAAUGGCGGUGAGUCAGAGCCACUGUGAGUCCAGCGGGGCCGGCCAGGGUGCGUGUGAGGUGGAGAUCGGGGCCAACGGCUGCAGCUUCAAAGCCAGCGGCUCAGUCCAAGGCGGCGUCCCGGUCCUGCUUGAGCUGGGCGACAGCGUGUUCCGGCAGCCUGUGUCUCUCACCGGAAAACUGCUGCUCUUCAAGGCCCCCGCCAGCCCGCAGCUGCUGUCCUCAGUGGCCGGACUUUUGGCCUCAGAGGGAGUGGAGAUCGAGUCGUUCAGCGCUCCUGUGGACCGCGCUGGGGACCCGUGGUAUUGUGUGGGGGUGUCCUCUUUCUUGCACGAUCUCAGUGCUUUGAAGCCUUUGGCUAAGGAUGCAGCGCAGGUCAGCGUUUAAAUGUCAGUAGCAACACUCGAGUGGUCCAAGGAUAGCCUUUAGUCUGUGAGAGUCUUACUAUUCUGAAGAUGGUUUAUAUAAAAAUCAUCUAUACUGUUCUUUUUGUUUACAGCUUAAAACGAUUGUGUAGAAGUUGCACCCUUUAGAAAAAAGAUUAUUUCAUAACAUUCCAGUGUUUAGGUGUUGUAUGAGCUUAUUGAAAUGCAAAAUGAAUAAAUGUUUUGUCACAUUAUGCUCUUUUUGAUGAUGUUUCUCAUUUAACCAAAUAAAACAACUGAAGGGGACUUUUUAAACCUUAACUGCACAUGUUUCAAAUUGUCCAGCAAAACUAAUAUUAUUUACUUUUAAAACAACCAGGUCUCAUUUGAAUAUGUAAUGGCUUCAUUGGUCUUGGACAAAAAAAAAUAUUAGUUAUAUUUCUUUCUUUGAAUAUUGGGGAAAAUAAUCUUUGCCCUCAAAUAAUUUCCCCAAACCUGACCAAGCAGUUUGUUGCCUAAACGUUAUCCAAUAGCAGCCACAAGGGCACUGGUAAAAUAGCCAAAGAGCAAAAAUAUUAUCAAUUUACUGGUACCAAAACCCCAAUGUUUUAGCUUUUAGGAAUAACGGGAUGUUAAAUAUGGAAGAAGUUAAUUUAAGAACCAUUAAUGUUAAAUGCAAAUUUUUCUUGUUUUGUGAAAUUCAUACUGGCUUAGAAUGUAUUAAUACAAAGCACAGAGAACCUUUUUGGACCUCCACUUUUCAAUGACUGAUGGUUACUUUGUAUGCAGUUGAGUUUGUGGCUUCAUUAAAAAAAUG